AUGGAAAAAGACAGACCUAUUAAACAAAUAGCCAAAAAGUUGUUCAGUGUUUUCGACGGAUGGUCGCAGUAUCACUUUGUAGCCUCAUCUUCAACAAUAGAAAGGGAUCGACAAAGACCGUACUCUUCAUCACGCACGCCCUCCAUCUCUCCCGUGCGCAUGUCUCCUAACAACCGCUCAGCAAGUGCCCCAGCUUCACCUCGGGAAAUGAUCAGCCUAAAAGAAAGAAAAACAGACUAUGAAUCAACUGGAACAAAUGCCACUUACCAUGGAAAUAAGGGAGAACACACUUCUAGGAAAGACACCAUGACAGCUCAGAACACUGGAAUCUCAACUUUGUACAGGAAUUCAUAUGGUGCACCUGCUGAAGAUAUCAAACACAAUCAGGUUUCAACACAGCCAGUUCCACAGGAGCCCAGCAGAAAAGAUUAUGAACCGUAUCAGCCAUUUCAGAAUUCAACAAGAAACUAUGAUGAGUCCUUCUUUGAGGACCAAGUGCAUCAUCGCCCACCUGCAAGUGAAUACAACAUGCACCUGGGACUAAAGUCAACUGGCAACUACGUCGACUUCUAUUCAGCUGCUCGUCCCUAUAGUGAACUUAACUAUGAAACAAGCCACUAUCCAGCCUCUCCCGACUCCUGGGUUUGAGACUUGGGCAGAUACAAAAGCUCCAGGAACUGUGCAUGUGCAUGCAUACCACAAGACAUUUUUUUUCCUGCAAAUUUAGUUUGUUAAAGACUGUUCCAUAGGAAGGCCCAGAUAACCAGUAUGGAAAAAAUUAAGAGAUUUUUUUUAGAAGGCUAAAUGAUAUGAAAGCUAAACCUGAGAGUAAUUAGAAAGAAAUAUAUAUAUACAUAUAUAUAUUUUACAGUGUAGGGCAACUUUACUGUUGGCCUGUAGAGUCUAAAGUUCGGGGCUGUAUAUUGAAUGUGGCUGAAGGAAGGAGGGAGAACAUGACGUGACAGUGGAUGUGGGUCAAGAGUUAAGCACAAGUAACUGAGCAGCGUACAUACUUUAUGGGGAACAGCUUCUCACACUUUGUUUAAUAUUCUCAUUCAUUGUGAAUCUAGGCUUCAAGUUGCAUUUGGGGUUUCCUCUGUACAGCAAGAUGUUUCUUGCCUUUUGUUAAUGCAUUGUUGUAAAGUAUUUGAUGUACAUUACAGAUAAAAAAAAAACAAGUGCAUUGUGUAUAUUACACCAAUGCCACAGUGUUUCUUCAUCUAUGGUUCUAAAUAUUGCUUCAGUUUCAAAUUUUGGAAGAUGUAUGAAUUUCCAGUUUUUUGUUUUCUUUUCCCCAGUGCGUUUUAACAAAAAAAAAAAUCAAAAAAAAAAAAUCAAAAAACAAAAAGGAAUAUUUAGCAGUAUUGUUCGUUCUGAUAUGUGAAUUUGUUUGUGGCAACUAAAAAAAAAGGCAUUCAGCAGUUUCUGACAAUUAACAUUCAUCAUUCCACACUCCUUGUCAACAAAGUGCUUUUUCACUGCCUAAAAUUUUAGAUGUAGAUAUUUGAAAUAGAUUUUUUUCAUUUAUACCAGUUUUCUUUAUGAUGAUACAGUGUUAAAAGAAAAUAAAUUACAAUUGAUCUGUCA